AUGUUUGAUUCAACACUCGAGAGACUUCCGUGCAAUGAAAUGAAGUUGGCCAACAAGAAACUUCUCGUUCACCUCAUGGUAGAAAAAAACAGUCCUCUUCUUUGCGUCUCCCCGCGUGCCACCGUUUCAUCAGACGGUUCGCAAGUGAAACUCUGUCAUAAAUUGGUCGCGAGCGACGACGGAAGAGAAGCCAGGAGUCUUGUAUCGGCAAACCGGUUUCGCGACAUCGCCGCCAUGGAAGCCGCCGUCAGCACAGAAGACCGCCGCCAGCAGCAACAACAACAAAAUUGGCACGUGCCGGCGUCUCGGUUUUCCAAGAAAACCUUCAAUCCCAUCCGAAGCAUCAUCGAGUCCAUGGAUAUUGCGCCGAAUCCAGAAAAGCCCAUGAUUGCUUUGUCCAUAGGGGAUCCAACAGUUUUCGGGAACCUGGGACCGCCAGAAGAAGCCAUUGACGCGAUUGUCGACACUGUCCGAGGAGCUGCUUUCAACGGGUACGCUCCGUCAACAGGUGCUAAGAAAAUUUUAAAUCCCACCAACUCGAAAAAAAAAUGUGCGGGCAUAAUUCAGCAAAAGAAGCAGUGGCCACGUACUGCGUUGAGUUCUUCGACGGACUCGAAGCUAGGCGCCUUGGACUUGUGCAUCUCAGUACUCUGUGAUCCCGGUCAAAACUUGCUCGUUCCCCGACCUGGGUUUCCCCUGUACCAAACCCUUUCCGAAGGACUCGGCAUUCAAACCAAACACUACCGACUACUGCCUGAGCGGGGUUGGGAAGUAGACCUGGAAGAUGUGGCGGCACUCGUCGACGACAACACCGCCGCCAUUCUCAUCAACAACCCUUCGAACCCCUGUGGGUCGGUGUUUUCAAGGCAACACCUUCAGCAAAUUUUGGAGCUAGCCGAGCGUUUCCGACUGCCAAUAAUCGCGGACGAGAUAUACGACCGAUUCGUUUUCCCUGGUGAACCGGGAAACGAAAACAAAUUUUAUCCCCUGUCUUCCCUCACAAACACAGUGCCUAUUCUCAGCUGUGGAGGACUCACAAAAAGGUUUAUGGUGCCCGGAUGGCGAAUGGGUUGGAUCCUGGUUUGCGACAGAAAUGGCAUUUUGAACGAUGUUCGACAUGGCUUGCAAAGUCUGAGUCAACGAACAAUCGGCAGCAACACCAUCGUUCAAGGAGCUUUGCCAAAAAUUGUCGCAGAAACGCCGCCAGAUUUCUUCGACGAGGCUAUCGCUCAAGUUCAGGAAAAUGCCGCUGUCUCAUUCGAAUACCUGGCAUCCGUUCCAGGACUUCGACCGGUGAAGCCUUCGGGUGCAAUGUACAUGAUGGUUGGCAUUGACAUGGAGCAGUUUCCAGAAUUCACCUCAGAUCUACAUUUCGUCGAAAGAUUAGUGGCAGAGCAAUCAGUCUUCUGUCUACCCGGAAAGUGUUUCAACGUGGACAACUACGUACGAGUGGUGCUCACUGUGCCACUGGAGCAAAUGCGAGAGGCCUGCGUUCGCAUCGCCGAGUUCUGCGCCACGCACCGCCACUCGCACCCUCCACUGCCACCUGGCCCAUUGAAGAAUUGA